AUGAAUAAGGACAACAACAAAAAAGCAGAGCAGGGGAGGGCAGCUCUGACGCUGCAAAGUACUCUCCAUGACAACAUGGGGGUAUCGCAAAAUACAUCAUUUAUAAGGGUUGCACAGAGUAUGUGGACCUCAUAUCGAUUAAGUGUUAUCAGUACUGGGGAAAUUUACAACAAAGAGUUUCAAUUGCUCCCGAUUCAUAUUCAAACUGUUCAUUACUCAAACAUUAUUUUCAAACAGCCAGAGAGUCUGCAAGCCGAGAUAGUAGUCAUUACCGAUGUUUGUCUUUUUAUUGUUAAUGAGAAGAAAAUGAAAAGAAUACGGUUAAUGAUACCUUUGGUUUUGAUAGUCUACGUGAAGGAAAUGAUUGAAACAUGCAAAAAUGGUACAACCCAACACUCACAAGUAAUUAUUGCAAAUAGAUCUAAAAAUAGUGGCAAAAAUCUAGAAUGUUAUUUUUUUAUGAAUUGCUUUAAUGCAGAGACGUUUAUCGGAAUUUUAAAGAGAGUUUAUGAGAUAUCAACUAUUCAUUUAUUACCGGUGGUGCGUAAUCCCAGUGAUACUACUGAGAGGGAUUACCCACUUAGCAUGUAUCAUCAACGUUUACGAUCUGAAAAAGAGGUGCGAUGCCGCACACUACUGACAGUUCUUAAAUAUAAAACAAUGUCAUUUAUUUCAACAUUAUCUAACGUUUCUCUUAUGAUGCCAGAAAAUAACUGUCAGUGGGAUUUCAUUGCUCUUAUGUUGUUCUCUGUCUGCAGGCGUGUGGGUGUGCUGCGAGAAUUACUUAAGUCAUGUUUAAAAUAUGAGAUAAUACGCGCAAAGUCCCCACUCCGCAACCACAACGCUACUAGUAUCUGUUUUCAGCAAACAGGUGGAUUUCUUCGCAGUAAUUCACUUGCAAAUAAAGUAAUUUCAAUAUAUACUUAUUCUUCUGCAAGUCAAUACGCUGUAAUAGUUUUGGGAAAUACAGUGAAGAUACUUUUAGACGCCAUUAAAUGUGAUCUGUUUAAACCUGAAGAUACGGCCAGUUGGUCAUUGUACGUGUUUGCAAAAGUUUUGCAAAAACCUCAUGACCCUUUUCCUAAUGAAGCACGUACGUUGACAAAUUUAAUUCUGGAAAUAGAGACAGAGGAUGGUGGAAAUGAAAAAUCUAAAGAUUUUAUUGGGGAUAUGUUUUUCUUACAAUUUGUAGCUCGAGUACUAAAAGAUCCUGGGCGUUUAGGGGUUUCUGUUGAAGGCUCCCUUGUAACACAACGGAAAAAUCUAGAUCGUAUCAUUCGCGUGACAGAGUGUUUAUUUAAUGGUACAAGAAAAUCUUUUGGUGUGUCGCACUUCUUUAGUCCUUCUUUGUCUGGAGACAAUGAUGAAGAUGCCAUUAAUUUAAUGUUAAAUAGUGAGGAGAUUAAAUCUUUUUUCUCAAGAAAUGCGGCUGGUGCAUCUAGUUGCAUUGAUGAGUUGAUUACAGCAAGUAAAAAGUCUCCUUCCUCUGUCUACGCUGAGUUAAGUGAUUGGGUUGAAGAAAAAGAUAAUACGGCAAUGAACGUUGAGAGGGAACUUGAAGCACUAAAUGACGCAAUAGGUAAGUAUGCUAUUCACCUAUUUGCCGAUAGAGAGAGAGACUUGUGGGAUAUUCUUAUGGAGUCAGAAGAACAGGAAGCUUCUCCCAUGCCACUAAAGGUUUUGAACAUCUCUGGAGAGCAGAGGAUAACAGGUGAUGCUAAUCACACAGAGAUAGAACAGUUGAGAGUAGAUAACGCAAAGUUACAUAUUCAAUUACAACAAUUGCGUGAAAAAGCGGAGAGAUCCGAAAAACGUGAGUUGGAAGCUAUCAAUGCCUUAUUACAGUCUCAAAAGCGUCUGGAUGAGCAAAAUCAUGAAAUGCAAUUAUUACAUUUACGUGCUACAAAGGGCUAUUACAUCAUUCCUCCACUCCCACACCGUGAAGAGUCAGAAGAUGAGUUAUCACUGCAUCUCCCUCCUGACCAUAGCAACUUUUCAACGGUUUCCAAGACACAUGCUCUCUGGUAA